AUGCAAAAAAAUGGAACAUCAUCAAAUUAUUAUGAGUCUUCAACCAGUGUGGAUAACGAUGCGUUCGAGGUCCCACUACCAGACAACAGCGUCACCACCGUACUGCACUACUGCAAGAAAAAAAUCCUCACCCCAUACCUGCGCUUCCUGAGCCUCAUGGGGCUGAGGCCUCUCACCAACGAACCCCGAGACGUCUGCAUAUGCCUCAGGAUCCUGAGCGGUACCUAUACGCUCUCCGUGGUCCUUCUGAUGGUCCUGGGGUACGUUUUGCAGUACAUGGCAUGUUUCAGGAGGGACAGGGGCUUCUGCUACGUGUCUCUGCAGCAAAACGGGAGUUUGCUCUUGAUGAGGGAGUUGGAGACGGUGCACGAAAGGACUUGCGAGGGGUCCGUGCUGUUUAGCUUCGUGGUACCGGGUCUGCUGCAUCUAGUGGCCUAUUUGCAUUUGCUAUUUGUAUUGAGGAGUACUGAUGAUGAGCAGUUGCCUAUACUCAUGGAGAGGGUAUUCCUCAUUUCAACCAAUCUGUCCACUGGAUUCAUGAGCCAAAGAAAAUUAGUGAGGACCCUUUGGUUUUUCGUCAUAUGCGGCUUAGUUUGGAUGACCCUCUCUUUUAUAGUUGUCAAUUAUAUGAUGUCAGAUGCAGGAAUCCACUUCAAGUGGAUGAAAAAAAGCUCACCAAUCGUACUUCUUUCGAUGAAAAUUUUAUUGGUGAUUUGUACACUGUGGCAUGAUGUUGUACAAGCGACUGUGGUGUCCAAUUACUGUCUACAAGCUCAGCUUUUAACUUCAUAUGUUCAAUUCAUGAAAGAGAAGUUAUUACAGUUUCCUGUUCAACCACUAGGAUGGAUGAGGGAUAUUGAAGAUUUUAAGAAACUUCUGAAUCACUUCAAUGAUAGGAUUGCACCAUCUGUAUGUCUCUUGGCUGUCACAGACAUAUCUUUUGCCCUCUCUGGUCUGCUAUGGAUCUUUCACUUGGAUUAUGUAGACCUAGAAACUUUGCCAAUUUUUGGACUCAGCAUCCUCAACGUCCUUCUGUGGACUUUCAUAUCAUCUAUCCCUUUUAUACAGGCAUCAAGAUUGUCAAAUUCCUGUGAAGUUUUGAAAUCUGUAGGCCAGGAAGCUAGGACACGCCCCUAUGUGCAUCAGGACACGCCCACUGUGGAAUUAGACUCUGUACUACUUUACACCACUAGCUUGAAAAUCAGUGCGAAGCUCUUCCACUUGCCAAUAACAGGGCGAAAACUGUGCUUUUGCGUUACGGUUGUAUCGAUCAUUGUAUUGACGUUGGGACAGUGCCAUUAUUUUAUUUCACAGUAA